CCUCUCACCCCCCCUCCUCUUCUCCCUCGUCCUUAUACAACUCCUCCUCCUCCUCUUUUGCCUGCCCCUGGCCCUGCAAGUGUUUGUCCAACACAACGGUCACAUGCAUGGACCAGAAGCUUGAGACCAUCCCUGACCUCCCCCAGGGCAUACAGCAGCUCUACAUCUCCCAUAACCUCAUCCAAGCUCUCCCUUCCUCCGGCCUGGCCGAUUUGCAGGUCCUAGACCUCACCAAGAACCGCCUCCACAACUUCCUGUCUCCCGCUUACACCUGGCCCAACAUGAGCCGCCUGGAAAAGCUGUACCUCACAGGGAACCUGCUGGGUUCUCUGGUCCCUGGGCAGCUCCAGGGCCUCUCUGCCCUGACCCUGCUGGACCUGAGCGAGAACAACAUGGACGCCCUCCCACCCGGUGCCCUCCGAGGGCUGGGCCUCUUGAAGAUGUUGUUCCUCAGCAUCAACCAGAUGUCCAGGCUUCAGCGUGGGGCUCUGGACGAGGCCUCGGCCCUAAGGGAGCUCCACCUGAGCAGCAACGCCAUAACUGACCUGGAGGCCGGCGUGUUCCAGAACAGCGGGUCCCUGGACAAGCUGGUUGUGUCUCGUAACCGGCUGACGGAGGUCCGGGCGGGCCGUCUCACCGGGGCGGCUAACCUCACACAUCUGGACCUGAGCGGGAACGCGCUGGCGGACGUUCCUGUCGACGCGUUGAGGGACGUGCCACUGCUCUGCUGCCUCUACCUCCAGAAGAACAGCGUUGCUUCGCUUCCAGAAGGUUCCUUCUCCCAGCUACAACAGCUGAAGAGUCUGGAUCUCAGCAGCAACCGGCUCCAGAAUGUAUCUGAAGGCUCUUUAAGCGGUCUGACGCAGCUUAGCUCUCUGGACCUGAGUUUCAACCUCCUCCAGUCACUCCCAUCUGGCGUGUUUGAGAACCUGACUAGCCUACAGACAUUAGACCUUUACCACAACGCCCUUACGUCACUUCCUGUCGGACUGUUCAAGAACCUAACAGCAUUGAUUGAGCUGCAACUGGACAGCAACAAUCUCUCCCUUGUAGCUUUGGGGGUUUUCGAAGGUCUUUCCAACCUCAGGGAGCUCCAGCUAACUAACAACCACCUCACUGACCUCGACCACGCGUCCUUCCUCACCCUCAGGUCGCUACGGAAACUGUACCUCGACCACAACGCCCUAGACAGGCUUCCCAGAAGCCUCUUCCACAGGAACAGGAAACUGAGAGAGCUGCAGUUGGACAACAACAAGCUCAGGUCCCUCCCCACGGCUCUCCUCCGCCACCAGUCCAGCCUCACCAUCUUGAAACUCUCCCACAACCUCCUCUCCUCCCUCCACUCGGAUCAGUUCUCGGGUCUCGCCCAUCUGAAGGAACUUUUUCUCAACGACAACCGGUUGGAAGCGGUUCCCAAAGAACUGUUCGCCGGCCUCAACAGCCUGAAGCUCCUCGACCUGGACAACAACCGUCUCUCUGCUCUGAGCUCGGAGGCCUUCGAGGACCUGUCCGCCCUGAAGGAGCUCCAUCUCAGCUUCAACAAUCUCUACGAGCUCCCCCCUCACACCUUCCGCUCCCUGGGUCGCCUCCGCAUGCUCCUGCUCCAGAACAAUCGUCUCUGGGACCUGGACGCUCUGGUUCUCGAGCCGCUGCAGAGUCUGACGGAGCUGGAUCUGGACAACAACCAGCUGCAGCGUCUCCCCCGCCAGGUGUUCCGGGGGCUUGCCCACCUGCAGGACGUCCACCUCCGGUCUAACCUCCUGGAGACGCUAGAGGUGGGAACCCUGGCACACCUGGGGAACGUGACCAUCAUCCACCUGGAGGGGAACCCGUGGAACCCGUGCUCCUUCCCUUCUGGGCUGCUGGAAGAACUCUCUCCCCACCUGGGAGGACUCAGACCCUGUUCUGCUCUCAGCUCUGUCGGCUGUCUGACGCCGGCACUUCCUCUUAAGAUCCUGCUGGUUGCCGUGUUAACAAUCAGCAGCUUAGGGUGACAUACAUUUGUGGUUUUGCAUGUUUUUUUUUUCUUGCUCCUUUUACGUGAUACUUUCAGACCUUGUCUUUGUUUGCACAGUGGCAACUGCCUUUGUGCAGCUCUUGGUGUAUAACUGUAAAUGCAUUGCUAAACUGAGAUCUGUUUAAAUUAAACUCAUGCAUUUCUUAUAUUUUUACAUUUGAUUAUGCUCAAAGAAUUAAUUUGGUUGUAAUAGCAGCUCACUGAAAAGUUUAUAUGCGAUUAAUAAAAAUAUACAAUGCUACUGUAACAUUUAACUGGUA